AUUCUAAUGUGGUCGGGUGAGCCCGAGAGGGAGACCAAACAAAUAACACACCGUCUAUUGGACGGAAGACGGCGGGACGAUAAUGGAAUUCUGUUUGUUAGCUCGAUACGGAGUCCAAGACACCGAUUCUCUACACCUCAGCGUUUUCAAUCAAGACUACGGAUUUGCCUGAAAUGUGCUUCUGCCAAACGUCUUUGACUCGAUUAUCAGGAAGCUGAAGUGCGGAGAGUCUUUUGAUUUGGCUUUGUCUCCCGAUACAUUUUUUUUAUUGGAUGUUAGGUUUUUUACAGCUUAGUGAAGGAUUUGAAUUGCAGCGUAAAAUGAAGUAUUGAUCGAAAAAAAGAACAAAAGUUUGUGUAUUUGAGUUGCAUGUGGUGGAUUUUACAUGGACACAGUGGUUGGAGUUGAGGGGAAUGGUGAAGGUCAGUUUGAGGAGAGCACGGUUGGGCAGAGUAGUUUGCCCAAGCAGAUUGCGGAUCCAGUUGUAUACAAGCUUGUUCGGGUUGAAGGUGAUGGGAGAUUAGUACCUGCAACAGAUGAUGAACUUAUGGAGGUUGAGGAAUUGCUUGAAUAUGACAAAAGCGAAUUGCGCUUUGCAGACACUGAACGAGGAUGCACGCACAAUGAAGAUUUCUGCUCUGAGAAGGCUCGGUUAGAAGACUUAGGUUCAUUCCAAUCUGAGAACACAGAAGUUGAUGCAGAAAAAGUGAAUGCUCGGCACGAGGAAAGUGUUCCUUCAUCAAGUUUAAAUGAGAGCUGUAUUAAUGAGGCUCAGAUUGUUGGGGAAUGCUUGAACUCUCUGGAGGGGCCAAUGAAAACUGGAUUGUUGGCUUCUGCUGUCAGUACAACUCUGAAGCCUGAUUUCUCCAAGCUAAAAGGGGAAAUAAACUUGGAUAACCUGUCAAUCAGAGAACUUCAUGCAACAUUUAAAGCAACAUUUGGGCGAGAAACUUCUGUCAAGGACAAGCUGUGGUUGAAGAGGAGGAUUGCUAUGGGUCUCACAAAUUCUUGUGAUGUUUCAACCACAACAUUUAUAAUUAGAGAUAACAAAUUAGUGAAGAAGGGUGAAGAAGAAAACUGUAAGAUAGUGGAUCAACCUUUAAAUGUGGACUCUGUAGUUGGAGCAAUAGAUGAUUACAGGGAUUCAUCAGUCAGUUACAAUAACAGUACAGAAGAUCAUCAAAUGCAUUCUGCCAAGAGAUUUAGAAGUCCAAUUAUAGCUCAUGAUCAUGAAAGUGAAGCUCUCCACAAUGAGCAGAGAGCAGCCAAAAGAGUUCGUAAGCCAACAAGGCGGUAUAUUGAAGAACUUUCAGAGGUGGAAUCUGGGGAGUAUAGUGGAAGAUUUAUACCUUCAAUUAAAAACACUGGGCUUGGUCCAUUGUCUUCAAGAUCUUGUGUCAGACCUGUUCAGAUUGCCCCUUCAGAUACGAGAGCUGUUGUCACCAGGCUGGAUUCUUUAGGAGGAUCUGGAGUUCAGGUGCCAUAUGUUUCUCGUGCCCGAAGAAGCCGUCCGAGGAAAAAUUUCAUGGCAUUCACGAAAUUCCAUCAAAGUGGAAUGGGCAUGGCAGCUAAGCUGGUAAAGAAGGCCCUUUGUGUGCGUAGUUCUCGACCAGAUGAUGAAAUUGGGAACAGAGUCUUGAAAGCUACAUCUACUCCUAGACAUAUUCAUCAAGUGCCUAUUGGUGAACCAGUGAUAAAUAAGGAGGAAACUGGAAUAGGAAUAAUUUCCAGAGAGCAUGACAUGGAUGCAAAAUGCUUGAAUUCAUCUGGGGAUAACUCAGAUGAUAAUGUUGUAACUGUACCAACGGCAAAAGGUGGAAUGAGAAGGAAACAUCAUCGAGCUUGGACUAUUGGUGAGGUUAUGAAGCUUGUUGAAGGUGUAUCUAGGUAUGGAGCUGGUAGAUGGUCUGAGAUAAAACGGCUUGCCUUUGCAUCUUAUACUUACCGUACAUCAGUUGAUCUCAAGGACAAGUGGAGGAAUCUUCUGCGAGCUAGCUUUGCGCAUGCACCCGCAGAAACAGGGAUGAAUUCACGGAAACAUUCUUCAGUGCCCAUCCCUGCACCGAUCUUGCUACGAGUAAGAGAGCUUGCGGAACUGCACGCACAAGCUCCACCAAAUUUUAGUUCAAACAAGGUGGGUGGGUCUACUGUGAAGAGUGUACAUAAAAAAAUCAGGGUACCUGUAACACUGUAAAUAUAGCUUUUGUCUAGAUUUGAAAAUGAAACACCAAACCUGUGUACCCUACAGAGUCGUCUAAUGAUUUCAGUCUUUUUAAACACCCUCGUUGUAUAGUCAGUUGCCGCAUCAUGUGGAUAUUAAACUGGUAAGCAUUAACACAGUCGAAUCGAGGAACUUCCUAGCUGAUGUCUGCAUUUUUUACCAUCCAACCAGCAUAAUGUCAAUGUAGUUUUAUGGUUCCAAAUAAAUUUUUCUGUGCUUGAUGUUUGUAAAUUUCACAAGAUUCUAGAGGCCAAUUUUGAACGCCCUCUCUUGUUUCUUUGUUUAGGAUUGUGCCUAAAGCUUGGGAAGGAAAAAUAUACUGAUCUGAGAAUCAAAAGUUGCGGGUAAUUAAACCUAUCAGUUCUUCUGGGAUCUGCUUUCCCAACAAAAAAAAAUCAGAAAAGAUAUUCAAUGCUGUCUUUGUUUUGUGUGUUUUUUUCCUCCUUAGGCACGAGGCUAACUUCUUAUUAUAUGCACUUAUCUGUAGUUCAUGUGGUGAAAUGUGGUUGGCAAGGGAGAGAGAGAUUGCUUUCCAUGAUGAAAUAGUUGGAAACUUGUGUUUGUAGGAGUAGUUACUAAAACAAGAGGAGGGGGUGUGGGUUUUCAAAUUUGGUUUGGUUUUUGUAUUCCCGUACACUUCUAUAAUUACUCAUAGCUGUUCUCCUAAUGAAACUGAAAUGUCUUUCAAUCUU